AUGAGUGGCUCUCCGCCGCUCACACCAUCGCGCGCGGAGGGCGACGUGAAGGGCCUUCGGAGAGGAAUGAACGCGCUCGCGACGAUGAACGGAGCCCGCGCGAUGGCUCCGAGCGGCGCGGUCGCUCGAGCCCGCGCGCCCGAUACCCGCGCGACCGCGUCGCGCGUGUACGCCCGGCGGGUGGGCACGUCUCGAGGAACUCUCCUCGCGAAAGUCCCGUCGCGACUCGGGCGUCCGCACAGCUGGCGUCCCCAACUCCCGCCGAAACGAAGACGAGCGAUCACGCGCGCGGCCGACGAUCCCGAGCGGCGCCGCCCCGGGUUCAACAAGAAGCGCCUCGCGUCGCCCAAGUUCAGCGAGGAGGCGCAGACCUGGGCGCUGCUCGGCGGGAUCGCAACCUCCCUCACCGCCAUCGUCGCCGUCGUCGUCGCCGCCAACAACGAGGCGGCGUACUUCGGCUCGCCCGACGAUUUCUCGUACAUGGGCGACGACUUCACCGGCGGCCCGUCCCUCGACGUCAGCCCGGGGAACGUCGCCGCGGCGGCGAUAUGGAGCUUCGGGCUCUUCUUCAAGUCCCCGCUGCAGAUCCUGCUGGUGUUUUUGGGAAGGACAGACACGGAGCGCCCGAGCGAUUGGCUCCUGCGCAAGUCUUCGGGGGUGACCGAGGAAACGCGCACGUGGGAGGAGGCGUCCGCGCCGCAAAAGGCGGCGCUCAUCGCCUUCUUCACCGUCUGCGGCUGCGGCGUCGUCUCCGGCAUCGACGCGCUCUUCGCCGGGGAGGAGACGUGGGCGCUCUCCGCGGGACUCGGGUUCACGAUGCUGGCCUUCGUCGCGGAGCUCGGGUCCCCGAGGCGGUACAGCAGGGCGGAGCUGGACGUGCUCGAGGCGCAGUACGACGACUUCGUGGCGUUCGCGGACGAGGCGCUGGAGCGGCGCGGGAGGUGCCACGGGAGCGAGGUGGAGCGAGCGUUUCGGAGGAGGUUCGGCAAGUACACCGAGGCGGUGCUCAGCGACAGGGAUCUUCGGACGAUGAUCCUCAACUGGCACCCCAACGCGGAGCGGACGUCAUCGGGGUACUACAAGAACCUCAGCGUCAAGGAGGGGGUGGACAGGCGGAACCCGGUGACGGUGAAGGAUCUGGGGCUGUGA